GAAAGGCUUAGGAACCACUCCGCCUCACUCGACGCAGAGCGGAGCCAAGUUAAAGUCCCGUGGUGCUCUUGAGCGAAGGAGAGUGAGUUCGGAGGGACCAAAUUUCUAACGCCACCUGGAACUAAGACCUCUGCCAAGCCAAACAGACAUUAACUUGUAUAUGCUUCAAGAGAUCUGUCUCCCUAUCGCCCUCGAAAGACCAUCUCGACUCCAUCAUCACCUGGGCCUCACCUCCUGCUCAGAUUCAACAGAAGUGACACCUUAGCACCUUUUGUCAAUUCAUCAAGUUCCUUUGUAAAUCCUACAUUACCCGAAGCAGAUAACUCGAGUGUGACGAAAGAAGGAACUUGAUAAAAACGCUAAACAUAGAAGGAACAUUGAAGAAAUUCAUCUGUGAACUUUUUUCGUGUUGUGUUCUAGACAAGAAAUAUUGACAACAUUCACCAUUUCAGGAUAAUCUUGAGAAGUGAUAUUAGUGGUAUUUCAGGCUGUAUUAAAAGCAAAUCAAGUGAAAGGAUAUCGGAUUUAUAACCAGAAAUUUUGGAAGCCCGUUUGAACUUUGCGUCAUUUCAAGUUCUGUAUCCUGGAACAAGAAAUACAAUUGUACUGAUAUCUUUAUUCGUGUAAAGAACAAUUGCGACACAUCGCCAACUACUUUUGUUGUCGCGUGGAUUAAGUAGAAAUAAUAAUAAUAAAAAAAAGAAUAGCUCACGAAGAAGUGCUAAAACCCAAACUCGCAAAAUAGCUUCUCACAACAUCAAGGAGGAACGAACUAAGAGGAAUACAACAGCAACGUAAAUACAGAACAAGAAAACGUGAUCUUGCGCCGUCGAUGUUUGAUUGGCAGCGUUAAUUAUUGUCUCGAGAGAGAGAGAGAGAGAGAAGAAAGGAAAAUAUAAAGGGUUCUUUUCAAGUCUGACCUCUUCUGUUCCCCAGCAAGAAAAAGAUGGUUUCCGAAAAGUCUUGGCUCCUCGGAGGAAAGAAAACAAGUUCUGUUUUGUCUCCGACAUUCACAGCAUCAAGUGUCAAUCAACCUCCCUCAGAGCCCUACGAUGACCUAGCCUCUGCGCUGACUCGCAGCGGUCAGCAUGGUCGAUCGCAAAAUGGCUUAGGCAUCCUCCUAACGUCCUUCUUCCUGGUAGCGCAAGUUGCUGGUCUUGGAGUCCUCGCUCUCCCGUGGGCCGUUGCACAGACUGGAUGGUCAGGCUUAGCAGUGCUUGCGGGCUCCUGCCUGGUCGUGGGAUGCUCUGCUUGCCAUUUGGGGAUAUGCUGGAUAAUCUUGGAGGAAAGAUGGCCAGAGUACCAGCGAGCGUGUCGUAAACCGUAUCCGGCCAUGGCUUACCGAACGCUUGGUAUGCCAGGAUGGCACUUUGUGAACGUGAUGCAAUGUGUCACCUUGUUCGGUGUAUCGAUUGUCACUAUUCUCCUUUCUGGAGAACUGUUGACAUAUAUCUUAACGGAAUACCUGCCAAAUCUCACCGUCUGUUGCUGGCUUGUGGUCGUCGGCUGUGUUAUGGUGCCACUCUCCUGGUUUGGAAGUCCAAAGGAAUUUUGGCAAGCAUCCGUCCUUGCUCUGGUGGCAACAGUAGCAGCUAUAGUCGUUGUGAUCAUCAAGAUCAUUGUGGAUUCCCCAGGCGGCGAACCAAGCUACACCACUCCUUCCGCAAGCAGUUUCUUCCUGGGCUUCGGUACCAUCAUGUUCUCGUACGGAGGCUCGGUCACUUUCCCAACCAUCCAGAACGACAUGUCUGAUCGAAAGAAGUUCCCCAUCGCCGUCGUCAUUGCCUUCAUAGUGUUGCAGAUUCUGUACCUACCCGUAGCGUCUCUCGGCUACCUGGAGUUCGGUGACAGCGUCACGGUCAACAUCCUUCUGUCGGUGCGCGGGAUCUCGGUGAAGGUGAUUGCCGUCCUUAUGCUGAUCAACAACGCCUUCACCUACAUCAUCAUCGUCAACCCGCUCUCUCAAAGCUUAGAGGAAGCCGUAGGACUGCCCAGCACAUUUGGGUGGCGGCGAUGCGUCAUGAGGACGGGCAUCGUGGCAUGCGGCCUCUUCAUCAGUUUGGCUGUCCAGAAUUUCGGAAAAGUUCUGAAUCUCAUCGGCAGCUUCUCUGUCCCAAUUUUAACAUUCGUCCUGCCGCCUAUUUUCUAUAUGAGGUUAUGUGACGCCGAAGAAAACGGGACUUGGCGUACUCGGAAAAUUACAUUGCCUCAUCGGAUAGCACUGUGGAGCGUAGUCAUCAUAGGGCUGAUGGCUGGCGCCGCAUCUACCUGGGCUGCCAUGACGGCGCUCCUGGCGCCGGGAGAGACCUCAGCAUCAUGCUUCAACUUCUGAGUCUCAUAAAUUCAGCCUUAACUGACCUCACCCGGGAAGUGGUGUUCAUUCCUUCGUUACCUAAUUGUGAAAAAGAUCUCUCGCCUCAUCGUGGGUCUUCGUUGAUAUUUAUGUAAUUUUUUUUCUUAUGUGAACUUCGAUAUUUUUUUUCAACGUCAUUUGUUACGUGUUGGUGAUAGUUAUAAUUUAUUUCAUGAUUCUGACCAGCUUUUUUUUUUAUAUCAUGUUUAUCGUGGUCAUUCGCAUAUAUCAUCUUUCGCUACCUACGAUUUUUAAUAUUCAAGAAUUUUUUUCCUCACUCACCUGGAGGCCUACCUACCUAUCUAUUGGGUGUGAAUCUUCGAAUGAAGUGACGUAUCGCAUUAAUACUCAACAUCCUGUGCCAAGGGCGUGGAUGGAAACUUACCGAAACCGUUCGUGUUAUCCAAACGUUUUGACGCACAUGACAUUUUUAGCGACCUUCGAGACAGCGUAUCUGUUUUAGUUGUCUUAUACGUCGUUGUUAUUUGUUAUAUGUUAUAGCAUAUGAAUACAGUUAGUAGACUUUAUAUGUGAUAGUUUUCUUGUCUUAGAAAUGUGGUUAUUUAUUUACGACCUGCAUGUUUUGUAGAUAGAUGUUUCAUACUCAACAUAUGACUCUGUACAUAUUUUUUAGAAUUAAAGUCCAUAUUAGUGUGAAUGUUCCGUAGCCAGUAGACGUUCCUUUGUUAUCUGUAUGAAGUGUACUUACACUUGACUCACAAAAGCAGCUAUGAAUAGAUUAUAUACCAUUUAUAUCCCUAGAGUUCUUUUAUCAUCCCUACCUUUUCCCUUUUUUUACACUGACUCUAGUUGAGAUUUUGAAAAUACCUUUAGAAACCUUUUUUUAUUAUUAUUAAUUUCCGGAAGCAGUGGGGACAUUGUUAACUUUCUAGUCUCUCUCAGUCAAGUUCCAAAUUCCCUUCUUAAGUUGCAGCUGAUAGACAGUUUUUUUUUCUUGAUAAUUUUGAGAUCCCAGUACGCAGGAUACUGCGCAUCCUGAUUUAUUGUAUGUCAAUGUAUACCAUCAUCGCCAUCCUGGUUCAAUUUUUUAGGGGGUCCUCCAAGUCCCUCCGAUGGUCCUCCUUUAUUGUCUCGGAAUUUUUUUUUUCUUUUUAGAAAUUUCGUAAAAAUUAUUAUUAUUUUCGUUUACGUUGGGAAAUUAUCUUAAAAUAAUACACACUGACACACAAACGUAUAUUAUAUAUAUGCAUACACACACACACACACACACACACACACGCACACACACACACACGCACACACACACAC